AUGGGUUCCGGCCAGUCGACCGAGCGCUCUUACGACUUAGUCAUCUUAGGUGCUGGCCUGUCUGGGCUGGCCACCCUUUACAACGCCCGCGAGCGUUUCCCCGACUGGCGCAUCAAAGUCGUUGAACGCGGCUCAGAUGUCGGUGGUACUUGGUAUUAUAACUCGUACCCUGGCUGUCGGGUAGACACCGAAUCACUCUCGUACUGCUUCUCCUUCGACAAGGAACUGCUGAAGGAGUGGCACUGGAAGGACACUUUCUCAACCCAAGGCGAGGUGCACCGAUAUAUCAAGCGCUUCGCAGACCGAAACAAUCUGCAAAAGGAUAUUGACUUUGACCGCACUGUCAAAUCAGCAACAUGGGACGACGCCGCCAGGCAGUGGACAGUGCAGACUGCCGAGGGAAACAAGUAUACGACCAGAUUCCUCAUCAGCAGCAUUGGCUUCCUCUCAGCACCCACGCUGCCAGCCAUUCCAGGGAUUGAGUCCUUCGCAGGCCCAGCAUUCCACACCUCGCGAUGGCCCAAGAACCUCGACAUGGAGAAGGAGUUCGCCGGCAAGCGCAUCGGUGUCAUUGGCACUGGCGCCACCGGCAUCCAGACCAUCACCGCACUCUCCAAGAUAGACAGCAUCAAAUCUCUCUCUGUGUUCCAGAGAACAGCCAAUUGGUCUGCGCCUCUGCGCAAUGAAUCUAUCUCGGAGGAGCAGAUGGCUGAACAUGUAAAGAACUACGACAAUCUCUUUGCUGAAUGCACCGCUUCCCCAACCGGUUUCCUCCACAGGGCCGACCCACGCAAGACACUGGAAGUCUCUGAAGCCGACCGUCUCGCGCACUGGGAGAAGAUUUACAGUCAGCCAGGUUUCUCAAAGUGGCUGGGCGUCUUCAGCGAUUGCUACACAAACAAAGAGGCCAAUACCCUCUACUCCAACUUCAUUGCGGACAAGAUUCGCCAGAGAGUCAAUGAUGUCGGUGUCGCAGACAGCCUGAUUCCCAAAGACCACGGAUUUGGCAUGCGCCGUGUCCCAUUGGAGAGCGGCUACUUUGAGGUGUACAACAAGCCCAACAUCCAUCUGGUGGAUCUCAAGAAGACCCCCAUUACCACAGUCAAGCCGGCCGGCAUCGAGACAAGCGAUGGCGCCCUGCGUCAGCUCGAUGUUCUCAUCUACGCGACCGGAUUCGAUGCCAUCACAGGUGCCUUCCGGGCUAUCGACUGGAAAGGAAAGGAUGGCCGCCCACUUGUAGGCGUUUCUACCGACCCCAAAGGCGAGCGAGCUGUCUGGCUUGACCAUCGCCCCUACACCUUCCUCGGCAUGACCAUUCCAAAUAUGCCCAACCUUCUGACGGUCAUGGGCCCCCAUCAACCUGUAGGAAAUGCUUCUCGCAACAUUGAGCAUUCGGUCCAAGUCGCCAUGGGCAUCUUGGAGCACGCCAAGAAGAACGAUUACACAUAUGUUGAGGCGACGCCAGAGGCCGCAGACGCUUGGACCCAGCACGUUGCCGACUGCGCCAAGGGGUCGCUCAUCAACGAGGUUGACAGCUGGAUGACUGGUGUGAACAAGAACGUGAAGGGGAAGACUGUUCGUAUUGUAGCUAGAUAUUCGGGUACUGUUCAGGAGUACCGUAGACGAUGUCAAGAGGCCAAAGAUAACGGCUACAAGUCAUUGAUAUUUGCUUAG